AUGUCUGAAAUUAAGGUGGAUACAUAUGAAUUAAGAAGGGAUUAUCCCUUUCUAGAUAAAAUAUGGAAUUUAUAUGAGGAAUUUAAUGAAACAGUAGAUAAUUCGGACGAAUAUAAAUUUUAUUAUGGUAAAGCGUGUGAAGGAAUUAAGAAUCUAGUAGAAAAUGAUAAAAAAUGGUAUAAUGAUAUAUGUAUAAAACUUCUCAGACUUUUAGGAAUAUUUUCUUCUGUAAAGAAUACUGAUAAAUAUAAUUCUGAACGUUGUAAGAGCAUAAACAGCUGGUUAUAUUACAUAAUAAAGGAUUAUGAUGUUCAUCAAGAUGCUUUUACGAAUAUAUGCGAUGUAUCUAAGGGAAUAUUGAAUGAACGUGUUAAGAAUCCCUACUGCAGUUACUAUUUAUAUAAGGAUAAAUAUAAUGACCCUGAUAAAAUAAUAAAGUUAAUAAAUUUGCAAGAUUAUAUGAAUGACGCUUUAAGUAUGUUAAAGAAGGGCGAUGAUAAAAAUCACUGUUUAUUUCGAAAAUUCAUUUAUGAAUGUGCCAAUAUAUAUAAGGAGGUGAAUAAAAAAUAUUGCGGUAGUGGAACAUUUAACAGUUCUAAAAAACCCAAUACUUGUGCUAAAUUAAAGGAAUUCAGUACCUUUUUUAAAUUAUAUAUUUCUACUAAAGAAAAUUUAAUAGGAAAACUACCAUCAUUAUAUAAUGAAGAAACUGAAAAAAUUCCCAUUUGCCCAACCGAUACAGGAGUACAAGAACUAAAAUUAGAACAAAAACAAGAAUUAUAUUUCAGUGGA